AUGGAACAGAGUAGUAAUAUUUAUGAGCCGGACUGUACGGGCAUUGCAUUACCGACGGCGCAUGCAAUGCUGGCAUCGACUGGUUCUCCUGCUGCACCAGUCGCGUUGCUGUCUGCACAGAAACAUAAAAUAGCAGACACAGUGACGGUCAACGUCAAGCAAAAUGACGUCAAUCAUUGGCGCUGCCUUCAAGACUUACUUCUGAGUAUCGAGCAAGAUGGCAGCUCAAGUAUGACCAAUUUGAUGCACACGGAAUUCAAUGACCAAGUUAUCGUUGCUGUGAACCCCAUGAAACCGUACGUGAAGCAAUCGCAAGGUAUUUCUUUGGAAUUACUGAGCCGUGCGCGCUGCAGAGAGGCAGUGGAGAAGAAGUACCGGGACUGGCCAUUCGCCAUACUCUUCAUAAUGAACAUUGGCGUCAUCUUCGUCCUCAUGGCCUCGUUGGGAGUCAGUGCAGUAAGGACAAACAACAGUUUGCGCGAUUCGCUCUCGCACAACGACAUGAAAGCUCUGGCGGGUGUAUCAUCGGGAAUGACAACACUGGCGAUGGUCCUAGCAGUAAUGAUGACGAAAAUAAUCCCGUCAUACGCCCGCUGCAUGAUCAUUUUUGUGCUCUGGCUAAACUUCGGAGUCGCUAUAGCUUUCGCCGGCAUUGCCAUUGCUCUUGGUGCCUUUGUUUUCGCAGCUGUUGGAGUGAUCAUCGCGAUACUGAAUUGGUGUUAUGUACGCAGAGUGAAGCACCGUAUUCCGCUAGCAGUAGCCCAGUUGCGAAUAGCAGAGGCUGCCAUCUCAAACAACAGGGCGACGUAUGUUGUGGCUCUGGUGUUCGCCGUGCUGCAGAUUCUCUGGGUUGUGAUGUGGAGUCUCGCAGUGCUAGGAGUAAUCAGCCACUCCUCACAAACAUUAAGCAAUACGCAAACACGGUAUGGAGGGAAUCAUAGCUGGGCGUUCGCACUUUUGCUGCUGUCGUUCUACUGGGGUGUUCAUGUGCUCAAGAACGUCGUACAUACUACCAUCGCUGGGACCAUUGCAGCUUUCUGGUACCAAUCGGAGUCGCUGGCAAAAACCAGUCGCAAGUCACGAGGCGCCGCUGCUUGCAUUGCCGAGUGCUUGUUGGCUUGGCUUGGGUCGAUCAUGAAAUAUUUCAAUCGUUGGGCUUACGUCUAUGUCGGGAUCUACGGCUACAGUUUCAUGAAGGCAGGUAGUGCUGUAUCCCAGCUUUUUCACCAGCGAGGCUUCACAGGUCUCAUCAACGACGACCUUGUCCGCAUCGUGAUCAGGCUCACAGCGAUUGGAGUUGGUGGGGUCUAA